GAGUAGGGAUGGUGGUUGUGGCGGCGGCCGGACGUCACGUGAGCCUCAGCUCAUGUGACAAAAGUCCAAACAGGAACAAAAUGGCUGCAACUGGCGACGACGCCGCAGCAAUGGACAGCAUCUCCAGGGCUCCAGCGGCUCAGCUAGCGGCGCUGAACGCGGCUGCAAGCUCCAGCAGUCACGCAGAAGGCCCGGACGAAGUGGCGGAAAUCCCGGCAGUUGCUCCCAAAAAGCCCAGCACAAACAGUGAUGGUGGUGUUGAGACAGCAGAGGAGGCUGUGGAGCCUGCAGAGCCUGAUAUCGAUGAAUUGUGCACUGAUAUGUUUGAAAAGAUGGCCAUCUUCCUGCAAGGAGAACUAACUGGAACUUGUGAGGAUUACCGUCUGUUGGAGAGCAUGAACAAGCUUACCAGUCUGAAGUACAUGGAAAUGAAGGACAUUAGCAUCAACAUCAGCCGUAACCUGCAGGAUCUCAACAACAAAUAUGCUAGCUUGCAGCCCUACCUGGACCAGAUCAAUCAGAUUGAGGAGCAAGUGUCUUCACUUGAACAGGCUGCUUACAAACUGGAUGCGUACUCCAAGAAACUAGAGGCCAGAUUCAAAAAACUGGAGAAGAGAUGAGGAGAAGGAAGGGGAAGACUUGAGUUAUGGUGCCUUCUCACCUUAUUGAACCCUGCCUCGCCUUCUUCUCUCCCUGCCAGUGGAGCCAGGAGCUGCGGGGAGGAUGUGAACUGAGACUGAAACAACUAACAGUCAGAGCCACUUUGACACUUAGAAAAGACCCAAGAGGAUGCAGCUGAAAGGCACAUGAAUUAAUACUGCAGUGCUUGGCUUAGAUUUAACUCUAGUAUCACUGAUUUUGGUAGCAGUUGUGCAGCCAAGAUGAACAAGAGUGUGUGUGUGUGUGUGGUGUGUGCCCACAUUCUUUCACAGAUACACUUUAUGGUGAAUAAAUCUGCCUAAUUACGAGCAUAUCUCAAUUGAGUGGUAGAAUCAGAAUACACUCAUUUACCACUAAACAAAGUAACAGCAGAUUGGAAGAGACUUUAUAUACCAACCCUUAUGUUACAUGUAGAUGUAUAUACAUGAUGAAGCAUGCUCAUAGAUGUGUUUUUAAUAAAGUGCCGGCCUUCUUAUUCGGAUCAUUUCAGGCAACUGUCCUCUUGACAGAUGGGUUACAAUGAAAAUGUGACCUGUACAUUGUUUGUUGUUACACAUGUAUUUGUGUGUGAAUACUACCACAAACUGAUUAACUUAUAGAGAGUCUGCUACGAAAAAGGUUUAGAGACACGCUGGAAAUCAAACUGUCCCUGUGAGGUGAGUUGAAAGUUUACAGUUUAAAAUGAAAGAUAUAUGGAUGAGUUAUUGUAUUAUGUCUAUCUGAAGAUUUUUCACACUUAAAAACUGGAGUUUUUUUUUUUUUUUAAAUAAACCAUGAUGUGCAUAAUA